AUGACAUCGAGCAAACAAGGCAUAUUGGAAAUCACCAUCGUCUCCGCGAGCAAGUUAAAAAACACCGCCUACCUGGGCAAAAUGGACCCGUACUGCGUGGUGUUCUUUCUCGGCGAAAAGACGCGGACGAAGACGGUUAAAAACGGCGGAAGUAAUCCGGUUUGGGAGGAAAGUUACAAAUGCAAAACGUCCUCAGAUAUCACCGACCAGACGAUAAAACUGAUGAUCAAAAACGAAAACAGAAUGCUCUCGGACGAAAUAAUCGGCGUGAGCGAGAUGUCCUUAGGGGAUUGUUUUCGUCUGGGGAAGGACACCAUCGACGCGCCGGUGUUGAGCGCAAAGACGAGAGAACGAGUUGGAGAUGUGCGAGUUCGUGGAGAAAUCGAUGGAGAAGAUGGUGGCGGAGAAAGUGAAAGAGGUGGUUUCUUCGAAAAGUAA